AUGACGUCUACCGUAAGAAAUGCAACGGCUUCUACACCCGCACCCGCACCCGCACCCGCACCCGCACCCACAUCCGCCUCUACAAACACAACAACCCCUCCCCCCACAGCCGACGACCCCGUAAUAGCCUCCUACGAUAUCUACAUAACCGAUUCUCAAAUACGGCGCUUCCUCCUCCAAUACCCAGACCGCCAGGCCACACAGCCCUACAACGCCGCAACCCACCAGAAACCUACAGAGCUCCGUCUGAAACCGCGUACGGGCCUCGUGGAAGUCGAUAUACCGAUCAACACGCAUGUCAACUACGAUGAGAAGAAGGGGCGUAGAUACGGCAAUGCGCUGAGGAAGAGUAGGGUCAUUGCUGAAGGGGGCACGAUGGGGAUGGCGGGUGGGUUUAAUCCUGGGGCAAGGGCUAAGGGGUUGGCUGUUGGUGCUGGUGCUGGUGCUGGUGCUGGCAUUGUGGGUGUUGAGGAUGGGGAGGAUGAGAUUACAACGGGAAGAAGAAGGAGACAGCAGAUUUUUGCGGGGGAUGAGGAGGAUAUGCUGGAUUAUGAAGAUGAGAAGGCCGGGGUCAUCAUGACGACGCAGACGCUCGGGGGGAGGAUUAAGGAGCCUGUUGAUGGGGACCCGGUUUACAUGUUGGGGGCCUUUAGGGAGAAUGAACUGCACUUGGCUCCUUUGUCUGCGGUCGUCCAGCUCCGUUCCCAACUCCACCAUCUGGACGCAUUUGACGAGGUAUCCGCACGGAACAAAACCAUAGCGAAAGGCAAACGCGACGCUGACGAAGAGGGCGGGUCUCGCGCUGUGCAAACUGAGGCCCGCGCGAUCGAUAUGAAGGUCAAAUCUGCGGAGGCUGAAACGGGUAAUAUUGCGAGCAAUAACGGGCUUCUGAGGCGCAUGCAUGAGGAGAAAUGGGAGAAAUACACAUGGAUCGAUGAGAAUGAUCAAGAUUCUUGGGAUAAGUAUGAGGAAUAUAUGUUCAAUCAAUCGCUGGAUGAGCCUCCGCUGUUGCAGUCUGCAAUUACUCCCGAAGACUAUAUUGAUGGAAUGAGUGCGCCGAGGAUAGACCCUAUCAACCCGGAGAUGGCCGGGUGGGCGAUGAAGCUGCGGAGAAAGGCGCGGAGACCGUCUGAUGCCCGUGGGAGGGUUGAGGCAGUCGACUAGAUGGAGUAGUGGAAGUUCAUGGUCAGAUCACGAUUUGUACCGAGUAAGACACCAUUGGUAACAUACACAUAUAUAUACUAUUUACAAUUGAACAAUCCCUUUCAGUUAAU